AAAAAGUUCAUGGCUUUUGUGAGCAUUACGAAUAUUGUAGUUGAUGACAAACCUCAACCCUUCACAAGCCCAAUAACUAUGGAUAUUUACUUUGAUGUGAUAGCUGACAUUGAGGAUGAAAUAGAAUGGACGUAUUAAAUAAUUUAUUAAUCUUAGUCUUCUUUAUAUAGGGUCUCCAAAAGAUGAAGCUCAUGAUUAAAUAUUGGACUAAUUCUCUAUGGGCCCCUUGACUAAGGGAACCAAGCAAUUUACUCUUGAAUCGAAUCCACCUGAUUGGAAAAAAAUUCCUCAAGAUGAAUUAUUGGGUAUUACUGCAUUCAUCUUGACUUGUUCAUACAGACAAAGAGAAUUUUUCAGAGUCGGAUAUUAUGUCUAUAACACCUACACAUCCCCUGAAAACAUCGAAAACGACCCCUAAGAAGUCAUCAUCGAAGAUAUUGCUAGAUAAAUCUUCAAUAAUAAACCCCGUAUAACUCGAUUUGAAAUCGAUUGGAAUAACCCUGCUAAUUCUGAGGUUCAACAGCAACCAAUUUAAACAAAGGCAUACAUGUUUUAAGAAUAAUAAGAGAAAUAAUCAGCUGAUGCAACAGAAGUUUAUGAUGCUCCUCAUUAGAUUCAAAAUGUAUUUGACUCUUGA